CCGCCAUUGUUUAUAUGUAUGUUCCUAGUACGUGGCUAGUAUGAGUUAACCUAUUCUAGAUUUUAAGUAAAAUUAUUAUUACUAGAGAAAACUCAAAAUGUCUUCAAAGAAAUGGUUUGUGCUUGGUAUUUCGGGUGCAACAUGCAGUGGAAAGACUUCUUUAACUAAUCGACUUCAUAAUGAGUUAAAAAAUUCAGUAGUGAUAUACCAAGACAACUAUUUCUUACCGAAAAACGAUCCACGUCAUGUAAAAAUUGAUGAACUUAAUCAUUUAAACUGGGAAGUAAUAACCAGUAUGGAUAUGAACAAAAUGCGUUCAGAUGUUUUACAAUUGAUCAAAUCGUCACCUACAGAAAAUAGUUCUUCCGAAACAGUUAAUAAAAAUAUAUUAAUAUUAGAUGGGUUUUUACUUUUCAAAUGUAAGGUUAUUUCAGAUUUAUGUGAUCGUAAAUAUUUCAUAACAUUAACAAAAGAAGAAUGUUGGGAAAGAAGGAAAGGAAGAGUAUACGAUCCACCAGAUGUUCCUGGCUAUUUCGAAAAAGUUGUUUGGCCAGAAUAUUUAAAGCAUAAAGAUGAAUUAAUGAAGGACAAUGACUUUUGUAAGACAAUAACAUUCAUUGAUGGAUUGGAAAGUAAAGAAGAGAUAUUUCAACUGGUUUUUGCAGAAAUAAAAAAAUUAUUAUCAUAAAGUCUCAUCAUAUUAUUAUAUGUAAAAAAAAAGCGCUUAAAACUAUAAAAAAUAAAUAUACACCAUAAACUGAUUGUGGAUAUUUAGCUAUCAUUUAACAAAAAGAUGGUGAUAUUACAAACAUUAGUUUCAAAAAGAAACAUCUGUACAUUCCAGAAUGUUUAGCACAAAAUAUAAUUAAUAUUCUGAAAUAUU